CGUAGUAGUCAGUUUGCUUUGAUUGAAGGAUGAGCUGGACGUUUUCCCGCCAUAUUAUAUUAUACUGAAAUUAUUUCAUCACAAAUUUGUACAUGAAAUUCAGGUGCGGAGAGGAAAGAGAUGGUUACUUAGUUGUAUCACAGAGGACAAACCGUGGGUAUGUGGCAGAGGAUUGAACAGUGAAAUGAAGUGAUGAACUUCUUAUCAAUCCAUGUAGGAACAGAGUGGACCAAGCAAACCCAAUUCAGACUCAUCUUCUUCACCGAUCUCCGAAGAGAUGAAACCAAGAAACGGCGACGGAAUUGGGGUUCUAAUGUUCCCAUGGCUAGCUCACGGACACAUCUAUCCAUUCCUCGAAUUAGCCAAGAAGCUAGUUUCCCGGCAGCAACAACCAAGCUUCCACGUCUAUCUCUGCUCAUCUCCGGUCAAUCUGGCCUAUAUCUCAGAUAUCCAGCUAAAAUACCCUGCCAUUGAACUUGUAGAGCUCCAUCUCCCAUCCUUACCAGACCUUCCUCCUAACCGUCACACCACCAAGGGCCUCCAGACCAACCUCCUAACAACUCUCUACAAAGCUCUGGACAUGGCCAGCUCCGAGUUCGCAGAUAUCCUGGCCAGAUUGUCGCCGGACUUGCUCAUCACCGACUUCUUCCAGCCCUGGGCUCCAGAACUCGCCCUCUCGACCCUCAAAAUCCCCACCGUUCUGUUCAUGACCAACGCUGCCUUCUCCACUGCUCUUCCCUUCACAUCCAUGAAAAAUUCCGGCAGAUUCGACGGGGUUUUCCCCCUCCGGUCCAAUUACAUGUUCGAUUACGAUACCCACGAGACGCCGAGCUUCAAGGACCGCGUUUUCUGGUCCCUGGAGCGGUCCUCUGGGAUGCUACUGGUCAAGAGUUUCAGAGAGAUCGAAGCAGAGUACAUUGACCGGGUUUCGGAGUUCAUCGGAAAGGACGUCGUCCCCGUCGGCCCCCUCGUGCCGGAUGAUUCCGACGACGACGACGAUCGUGAAGAAUCAGUUGAUAAAGUGAUGAAAUGGUUGAACGAAAAAGACCCCUCAACAGCCGUGGUGUACAUUUCAUUCGGGAGCGAGUCGUAUCUAUCGGGAGCGGAAAGGGAAGAACUAGGGCAGGCGCUGCUGAUUCUGGCGACGAAAGGGCUGAAUUUCAUAUGGGUUCUCAGGUUUCCGGAAGGGGAAGAGAUGGGUCCGGCAGAAGCGUUGCCGGAAGGGUUCCUGGAGGCGGUCGGGGAAAGGGGAUACGUGGCGGUGGGUUGGGCUCCGCAGCGGAGGAUAUUGAGGCACCGGAGCGUGGCCGGGUUCGUCAGCCACUGCGGGUGGAGCUCGGUAACGGAAGGGAUGAAGUACGGAGUGCCGAUCGUGGCGAUGCCGCUGCAGAAUGACCAGGGGACGAAUGCGAGGUUGGUUGAGGAAGUUGGGGUCGGGAUGAAGGUUGAUCGGAUUGACAGGGGAGAAGUGGCGAGAGUGAUUGAACAGGUUGUGAUUGGGGAAAAUGGUAGCCGGAUUAGGGUUAAGGCAAGGCAGAUUAGGGAUUGCUUGGUGGAGAAAGGGGAUAGAGAAAUUGAUGAAGCAAUUGAUCGGCUGGUUCAUUUUUGCAAUACAUUCUCAGUUUGAGGGUUUAGCCAUUGUCGGUCUUUUGGUCGAACUUCAUUUUGAACGCAGAGACGACGGAAGAUGAAGGGUGAUCACACACUGAUACUGUUACGAUAUGGGCUC